CAUUGACCAAUCGAUCUGCCUGCCCCCACAAUGUAAGGCAAUCAAUGUUCAUUCCAACUUUGAAAUCUCUCUCUCUCCCUCUCUCUUGGAUGGAUCUGGAGACUGAAACUCUCUCCAUCAACAACACAAAACUGCAACCAUGAAAUAUCUGGGGAAUCGUCAAUAACACCCCCGGACAUCGAGAGACAGAGAGAAAGAGUCUAACUCUCAGCCAUGGUCUCACUCGCUCACGACCUUGGAAAACCGCGUAAUUCGACAUGAGACUGCACUGGUGGAAUUCAACACCAUCCACCAGCACGAAUUCAAAAAUGGGCCCUUCCAGUGAAGCUAUUCCCAUCCCCACUGAUGCACGCCCCAUUCCUCUGCCAGAGUUACCAGAGUUCGCGACAGGUUCGCCCAGGAGUAGCGAGCCCGAGCUGGAAUCUCUACCAAACGACCUCACCAAUUCGCUAUGGCUACCGCAUUCUCAUGCCUCUGAUUCAACAACGAGGCGAAUUUAUCGCGGCUUCGCGGAAGAGAAAGAAGCUACCUUCUUUUCAUGCUGUCGACAGUACCCAAAGGCAGUGGGAUGGUCAUUAUUGCUCUUCCUGACUGUGGUCAUGGAAGCCUAUGACAAGUCACUUGUAACUGGUCUCUUUGCUUUUCCUGCAUUCAGAGAGAAAUAUGGAGAGCCAAUUCUACCAAAGGAUACGCCAGCUGAAGAUCAGAUGUACGAGAUCUCGCCGUCAUGGCAGAUGGGGCUGCAGAACGCCGCAAUUGCAUGUGAAAUCAUCGGACUUUUGGCACACGGUUACAUCACAGAUCUCAUUGGAUACCGAAAGAUGAUGCUUGCCAGUUUGUUCUGGAUGUGCAUCGCUGUGUUUCCUGCAUUCUUUGCCGACAGUAUCGGCGUCCUAUUAACAUCACAAGCUCUAUCUGGGCUAUCAUGGGGUGUCAUAGAAAUUCUUGCUGCAACUUAUUCAGCUGAAGUCGUGCCAAAUGCUUUGAGACCGUUUGUUCUCAGCAGCAUCAACAUGUGCUGGCUGGUUGGACAAGUCAUCGGCACCGGGAUCCUCCGGUCUCUCGUUCAUGAGACCUCCCAAUGGUCUUAUCGACUUCCUUUUGCGCUUCAAUGGGCGUGGGCGAUACCGUUGUUGUUCGGCGUGUGGUUCGCGCCCGACAGCCCUUGGUGGCUUAUACGCCAUGAACGAACGGAUGAGGCGAGAAAAUCUCUGACUCGUCUGACUAAUAAGAACGGUACCGAUAUAGAGGAUACUAUCUCACUAAUGAAGCACACCAACAAGAUGGAAAAGGACUCCAACUACGGAGGAGCCAGCUAUCGAGAUCUCUUCAAAGGAGUCAAUCGCCGAAGGACAGAGAUUUCAUGUAUCGCCUGGGUCUGCCAAGCAUUCAGCGGCUGGUCACUCACAUCCUAUGCACCUUAUUUCUUCGAACAGGCUGGUUUCAGCGCCUCUAUAUCCUUCAACCUCUCAACCGCAUGCUACGGUGUCGGCAUCAUCGGCGGUAUCAUUGCCUGGAUCCUACUCCCCUUCGUGGGUCGUCGGAAACUAUACAUAUACGGAUUGCUCGCUCCCAUCUGCUUGUUGACCGCUGGCGGCGUGGUAUGGGUGGUGCUGAGCGAUCGCACUGGUGCGAACUGGACCUUGGGCGGUUUGAUCAUCGCCAUGACUUUUAUUUACGACAUGACCAUCGGCCCCGUUUGUUACAUCGUGGUUGCCGAAAUACCUUCUACCCGACUGCGAGUCAAAACCGUCGCUCUCGCACGAGUUACAUAUAACCUCUGUUUAAUAUUCAACAACAUCAUCAUGCCCAAGAUGCUCAACCCAUCUGCUUGGAACAUUGGCGGCGCUUCAUGUUUCCUCUAUGCAGGAACGAGCUUUUUCUGUCUGAUAUGGUGUUAUAUCAGAUUACCCGAGACGAGAAACUUGACGUACCUUGAAUUGGAUAUCCUAUUUGAGAGAAAAGCACCAACGCCAAAGUUCAAAGAGCUCCAGGAUAGGCUUGAGGAUAGUGCGUAUCUAUCCAUGACGAGGGCGGAGCGAUUGACAAACUGGCAUGGUUGGUUAGCAUAUUCAUAAUAAUGAUUUUAAUGGUAUUCAUUUGGCGUUCACCAUGGUUCAACUACGUGAUUUGUUCAGUCAAGUUAUCAUGGCGUAUUGCAUGAGGUUCCCUAGUUUUCAGACACCAAGCACACAAUUCCCAAAGCCAUUCUUCAACUUUUGAGGCUCCUGAUAAUGUCUCCAUAGCAUAUGCUGCGGUUAUUCGUUGACCCCCUUACUGGGUUUGCUUGCUUAGGACAACCCAUUCUAGGGGAUUGGACAUUUGACGGGGCGAACAUAUGACGCUGCGCAUUCAAUUUAAAUCGCAGACUACAACAAAAUUCACGGCAUCACCUUAUCUUAGCAGGAUGUCGAAUACAAUCUCGUAAGCAAUUUCUCUACUGCCCGUCGUGAGUCGACUUGGACCUCAUUCGUGUGAGACUCGGUCAGUCCUCUCAAACAUGGAACUGCGUAAAGUUGACUUGCUCAUAUCAGACAACUUAUUGUAAAUGGCUCUUACUAUAUUCGAGUCUAAUCGUUCGUUAACCACGGCCGUCAGAUCCUAUUGCACAGGGUCAUGGCAUGUAAUCAGGUAUAUGCGCCAUGAUCUUGGGCACAGAUGUCAGGCCUUGAUUGCCUGUUAUUGAUCGCUCUCACGAUUUUCAAAUUUCUUUGCCCUACCUGUAUCAAUCACACAUUCGUAUCUUUCCUUAAGCAUAUUGACAACAUGUAGCGUACAUCUAUACCGGUGAUGAUAUGAUACUAAUGUGCCCACUACAGAACGAAAGAUCCUUAUGGUUUGGGGCGUAUUUAUGCUCGCCAUCAUAAGACUCUUUCAGAAAACGAACUAUACUGCCAAAUUGACUCGAUUGUCAACAUUUCAAGAUUCAUUUUGAUUCAGUCUUGACGAGUGUAGUCCCGUCAGGUUCUGAAGCACCAUCAGAGACAAGGGUCCAAUCCUACCCCCUCCGAUAUCAAUAUUUAUUUAUAUAUUACUUAGGCUGUAUGAUCAUAAUCUUCAAUUUGAACGCAACUUGCCCAGAGAUGUGGGUUGAAAAAAGCCUACAUAGUUCCCCAGCUCAAAUUCGAUGUUACCGAAUGUCGGCAUAUUUAUUGAUGAGUGACUUUACUAGGAACUCUUACUAGAACGAUGUCGAGGUCUUUCGACAAUUCAGCUUGAUCAACUUAGACUCUGAGUGUUCGUUUUAUGUCAGAUCAUACGGCAAACACUCGCAAUAUGCAAGAUUUGAAUUGAUACAAGCCAUAUCAAGUUCAGCUUAUUACUAUCCCC